UAGAACUCUUUUAAUUUUGGAUAUAGUUUGUAGAUAUAAGUAAGUUAGUAUAGUUCAUCCAAAAAAGCACUCAUUAUCUACUCAUGGGUGGGCAAAUACUUCAUCCACCCACCCCAUUGGCACAAAUUUUGUUAGGAAUCAAAUGUGACUGGCAACCCUAAAUUGUUAGGGUUGCCAGGGGACGGAGAGAUCCUAGGAGUUUGCCUGUUUGCUGAUCGGGACCAAAGAUUAUUAUUUCUGUUUUGUUUGAUUUUAACUGAAGGAAGUUAAGUGACAUUCAUUCCUUAAUGGAGUACUCUGAUUGGACACGGCUGAUGUGGUUGGGCUUAAAAGACCGGUAGCUUUGGUGUUAAUAGGCAUAGGAAUGAUAAGAUAUCCCAUUUAAGUGGCUAAUGAUGUUUCCCCAAUGGGAGCUUUUACAGCUAAAAUAAAAUGGGAUCAGGAAUAGAACCUUGUGGCACCCUGCACAUCAGUGGAGCCGGGGUUAUGGAAUUUCUCUGUCUGAGAGAUACAGUAGGACUUGAACAGUCUAUGGGCAAUUCCAGAUACGCUGACACACUUUAUGAGUUAUUGAUGAGAAUGUUAUAAUCAAUGUUGUAAAAUGCGGAACUGAGGUCAAGGAGCAUUAAUGCGGAAGACAUCAAUUAAUGGCUUGUAAUUUUAAUGAGAGAAUUUUAAUGAUCAAGUUCAACCUCAUCAGUUCCAAUGUUGAGCUGAUUAUUGAGAUGCGAUUCUGGAAAUGUGUUUAAAGCCACGGACAGGGACAUGUUGAUCUGCAACACAGGUGUUAGCAUCAGGAUAGAUAUGUCAAGGCUAAAGUCUUUUCAUAGAUUAGUUUCACUAAGUGUGUCUGAUGCAUUAUCAAGGUUGUCAUUGAAGGUUGGUACUUAUCUUUCCAUGUGUCUUCUCCAGCAGAUUUGGAUUUUAACAGUCCAAUUGUUCCGGAUUGGAAGACACGUCAGCUUUGCCUAAGAUCCUCACCAUGAGUUCUGAGUCAGUAAAGGUGGUUGUUCGUUGCCGCCCAAUGAAUGAAAAAGAACAGGCAAAAUAUUUUGAAAGGGUGGUCACUGUGAAAGUGAAACUGGGCCAAAUUAUUGUCAAGAAGCCCAAGGAAACUUCAGCUAGCAGUCCUCCCACAAUAUUCACUUUUGAUUCAGUCUAUAGCUGGAACUCCAAACAAAUAGAUCUGUAUAAUAAAACCUGCAGGCCCCUGGUAAAUUCAGUUCUUCUUGGCAUCAAUGGGACUAUCUUUGCCUAUGGGCAGACAGGUACAGGGAAGACAUACACAAUGGAAGGGUUAAGAAAUGAUCCAGAGAGCAGAGGGGUGAUCCCUAACGCCUUCGAUCACAUCUUCAAACACAUCUCACGGUCCCAGAAUCAGCAGUACCUGGUGAGAGCAUCAUAUCUUGAAAUUUACCAAGAUGAGAUCAGGGACUUGCUCUCCAAGGACCAAUCCCAUCGUCUUGAGCUGAGUGAGAGGCCUGACACAGGAGUUUUUGUCAAAGACCUGUCAUCACGUGUCACCAAGAGUGUGCAAGAGAUCGAGCAUGUCAUGAAAGUGGGCAACCAGAAUCGUUCUGUGGGUGCUACAAACAUGAAUGUACACAGUUCCCGAUCUCACGCCAUUUUCGUCAUCACUGUUGAGUUCAGUGAGCUGGGUGUGGACGGAGUAAACCAUAUCAAAGUUGGCAAACUGAACCUGGUAGAUUUAGCCGGCAGUGAAAGGCAGGCCAAAACUGGUGCUAAGGGGGAGAGGCUUAAAGAAGCCACAAAAAUCAACCAGUCGCUUUUUGCUCUGGGGAAUGUCAUGUCAGCUCUGGUGGAUGACAGGACCAGCCACAUCCCCUACCGCGAUUCAAAACUCACCCGUCUGCUGCAGGACUCCCUGGGGGGCAAUGCCUGCACUGUCAUGGUUGCCAACAUUGGGCCGGCAUCCUACAACAUGGAGGAGACCUUAACAACAUUGCGAUACUCCAACAGGGCAAAGAACAUCAAGAAUAAACCACGCAUCAAUGACGACCCCAAGGAUGCCCAACUGAGGGAGAUUCAGGAGGAGGUUGCCAGGCUGAAGGAGCAGUUGAAGAAGCGCUCAGGAGAUAUAAAGAAGAAGAAGAUUCAGAGGAGGGCUGCGAAGGGGUGCAAUGGUGAGGAUCUGGAAGGAGAGACAGAGGAUGAUGAUGGAGAUGACAACGGAGAUUACUGGCGGGAGCAACAGCUUAAGCUAGAGAGAGAGAGGAAUGCCAUCAUGGAGGAUCACAGUCUAGUGGCUGAGGAGGAAGUUCAACUGCUCAAUGAAAUAGAGAAGAAAAUGGAAGACUUGAGGACGGAGAGGGAGGCUGGAGAGUUGAUUGAGGCUAAAGUUAAGGCAAUGGAGAGUAAACUUUUGGUUGGGGGGGAGAACAUAGUGGAUCACACCAACGAGCAACAGAGAAUGCUGCAGCAGAGGAAGCAUGAAAUUGCUGAAAAGGAUGACCGAGAGCGAGAGAUGCAGCUGCAGAUGGAGUGUCGUGACGAGGAGACUCUGGAGCUGAAAGAGACCUUUACUUCCUUGCAGCAGAUUGUCAACAGCAAAACCAAGAAGCUGAAAAAGGUGUUUACCAAACUGAUGGCAAUGAAGGCAGAAAUCCACAACAUCCAGGAUGCACACAUCAAAAAACGCCAGGAGCUGGAACAGAACCAGUAUGACCUCAUCAAGAAGCUCAAACUCAAACAUCUGAUCAUUGAGAACUUCAUCCCCCCAGAGAAGAAGAGCGAAUUAGACAGCAGAGUUUACUUUGAUGAAGAGGAUGAGCACUGGAAACUGAAGCCCAUCACGCCUGCACUGAAGCCACCUGACUACGGGAGGCCUCCCUUCUAUCACACUUGCUAUCCGAUGACGAAACUUGGCUCGAGAUACAAAGCUGUACACAUCCCGACACUGAAACUGGACCUUCCAACACGGACAACUUUGGACUAUCAGGCCCCCGUGGUCGCCCCAGCACUGUCAGAAGCUCUGAGGAACUCUGUCAAGAUUGAUGAUGUGGUGGUGAUAGAUGCCUCAGACUGUGAAGGGCCAGCCAGCACCAUCUCCGGCCUCAAGAAAUCGAAGUCUGGUCGAUCAAGAGCGGGCAAGAGGUCAGGCAGCCCCUCCAGUCCAGGACCUCCACUUUACCCAAAAUGCCGCGGCCUGGUACCCAGGUGACAGCUUAAGCCCAAAGCUUCAGCCACAACAAUCCCUUCCUUAGAUUUAUCAUGCAACUUUUUGUUGAGCUCUUUAUUUUUGUCCAGACUACAGACUCUGGAAUUCGGUAAACGUUAAAGAAUCAACAAAUAA